GGCCUGGGAAUCAGUUGCGAGGCAGAAGCGCGCGAGUCAAGAACACCGAGCGGAGCAACUUAACCCGGAGAUCUAAGUUACCUGAAAAAGAGAGAUGGCCUGGAAGAAGACUUUCACGCUACUGUCGCUGCUGGUGGCAGCCACUAUAGCAAAUCCCCUGAGUACCACCACGGAGCCAUCAAUCCAAGCAGCUCCCAAUCCCGAACAGACCCACACCCCGAUAAUAAAGGAGGAGGAACACUUUCCGGCCAUUGCUCCGCCCCAGGCCAUCGAGUCCAGCGGAUCCAGUGGCCAACCCAUCUUGCUGCAACCUCCACUGCCUUCCCCCAUCGGAGAUGAGGAUACAUUGCGUCGGAGGACCAUCACCUACGAUCAGCGACAGGAGGGACAGUACAACAUACGCGCCGAUCUCGAGAACUUUAUGAUCCUGUUGAUUCCACCCGGGCCGCAGGAGGGGAUCGGUCUGCUGGAGCUGCUGGGUCGCGGAAACACCAAGGGAAGUGGCUCCCUGAAACGCAAACAUCCACUGAGGAGCAACUCCUUGAAGUCCUUCUACCAGAAGAGCCAACUCCAGAAGCCGCACAACCAUCACCCAUCCUCGCCAGCGGUGGCUCUACCGGAAUUUAUUGAGGGGAGAUCUCCCUACCAUGUGGACAUUUCGGCCACUGAUCCCGAGCAGGCUCAGCGAUUGCAGCGCCAACAAGUGGACGUACUGCCUCCUCAACUGAUACCCAUGCCGCAACUGAUUAAACCCUUUCACUUGGAGGCGGAACCGGAGUUGAUUCAAGCAUUGCCCCCAGUUUCCGCCAGCAGCAGUGGUUCCAAUCUCCUCGAGAGCUACAACCACCAAGGAUCACAAUACUUUCGCAAUUCCCGCUCCCUGAGAGGCGAUAGCUACCUGGAUACCAAUCGUCUGACUGGUGGAGACUUCCACAGUCCCCGCUCCAUCAGUGCUCCCAUUUACCGCAGCGAUAUUGGAGGCGGAGCCAAUGGGAUGUAUCCGCCCAUAGAUGCACCAUCGUACAUGUCCGACCAGUCGCGCUCCUGGCAGCUGGAUGAGGAGCCCACCAGGGCUCAAGCGAUGGAGCCGGAGAUCGUUAGCUUCGACCUGCUGGCCGACGACGACCUGGCCGAGUCGCGGACCCUUCUGCGGGACGGACUGGCACGCUGUGCCCGCGGAGAGCGGCGGGACAGCUACGGAGCCUGUCGCCAGAUCGAGGGCUACUGAGGAGGAGUGAGAACCGCCAGACUGCCAGCAUAAAUGUUAGUUUCAUACAUUGCACACACUCUAGAAUUAAGUCGACGCAAUCGUCUUACCAAUAAAUAAAAAAACUUAA